AUGUCUGCGGAUCGUACAGGCCGAUCUGAAAUGGUGAUACUUACCGGUAAUUCAUAUCCAGAACUGGCAGAGAAUAUUUCCAGUCGUAUCAAGCCACUUGGUGAAUGUCGUGUUUAUAAGAAGUCGGAUAAGGAAACUCAUGUCGAGAUUCGAGAAUCUGUCCGUAGUAAAGAUGUUUUUAUUAUUCAAACAGGUUCCACAAAAGAUCCGAAUGAUAAUCUGAUGGAAUUGAUGAUAAUGAGUUACGCAUGUAAAACAUCAUGUGCUAAGAAUAUUAUCGGAGUGUUACCAUAUUUACCUUAUAGUAAACAGAGUAAACAGAAGAAACGUGGAUGUAUUGCGAUGAAACUCGUCGCACAAAUGCUUGUUAGAGCAGGCUUAACACAUUUGAUAACCGUCGAUUUACAUCAAAAGGAGAUUCAAGGUUUCUUUGACAUCCCAGUUGACAAUUUACGAGCAUCAUCAUUUCUCUUGGAUUACAUUCAACAACAAAUUCCCGAUUGGCGUAAUUCGGUAAUCGUUGCGCGAACGCCAAGUCAGGCUAAACGUGUCACAGGCUUCGCUGAACGAUUGAAGCUGAAUAUAGCCGUUAUACAUGGUUGUCAAGAUGGAGAUAUAGAAAGUGAAGAAGCUGAUGGGCGAAAUUCACCACCGCCACCACUCUCUGGUGUAGAUAAUUCAAUUGCAUCUAUGUCAAAACGUCGAAGUGUAUUUACAAUUCCAUCACUUGCCUUAGGCUCAAACGUACACGUCAAAGGUAAAUUACCGAUGGAUGUUGUUGGAGAUGUAGGGGGCCGAAUCGCUAUCAUAGUAGAAGAUAUGAUUGAUGAUGUUGCCGGACUUGUUCAAGCUGCUAACAUUCUUUGCGAUCGUGGCGCAUAUAAAGUCUAUGCAUUAGCAACUCAUGCACUUUUUACAAAUGAUGCACCAUCAUUAAUCGAAGAAUCUCAAAUAUCUGAAGUUGUUGUCACGAAUACCGUUCCACAUGAAUUUGCUAAACUCCAAUGCUCAAAAAUCAAAACUGUUGAUAUCAGUCUUUUGUUAUCUGAAGCUAUCCGUCGUAUACAUAAUCAAGAAUCCAUGAGUUAUCUUUUCCGUAACGUUGAAGCUAAUGAUUGA